AUGCGUGUCCUCCUUCAAGGGAUUUGGCCUUGUUUACGAGAUAACACGGCCGCAAGGAAACCUGGCGAUAUAGUUUUUAGGAGCAGCCCAGGAGCCACCUACACCAAAUCUACAGCAUCCCUUCUCUCCUCCAAUAAGUCGUCCGCAGGUCAACAUCCGCCUCGCCGAGGCUUCCUUAUCGGUGUUGUUUACGGUCUCCAGCACUUUCUGGAAGAAAAGCAGAAGAGGCAUGAAACCAAAUCUCGUACGGCACCAGUUAGGCGUCCAGCUUCGUGGCCAAAACUCGAGCGAGCUUCCACGAGACAGGUCGGGGAUGAAGAAGGUGUAAAUCCGAGGAACUUCUGCAGUAAUUAG